AUGGGAAAUCUAAAGAGAGACAAUGCCUCUGAGGUGACUGAAUUUAUCCUUGUUGGAUUUUCCCACCACCCUCAAAUCCAGGCUGCCUUCUUCCUGGGACUGCUAUUUUCCUACCUGGUCACAAUGCUUGGAAACAGCCUUAUUGUUGUUGUUGUGCGAUGGGAUUCUCAACUUCAUACUCCCAUGUAUUUUUUUCUCAGUAAUUUAUCCUUCCUUGAUAUCUGUUAUCCCACCAGCUGGGAGCCGUAUGUUUUGGCCCAAUGCUUCAGGGACUUCCCCACCAUCUCUUAUACCAGCUGUUAUGCACAGAUGACCAUAUCCCUCUUUCUGGGGAUGACAGAGUGUCUUCUCCUUGCUGUCAUGGCUUAUGACAGGUUUGUUGCGAUCUCCAAUCCCCUACGUUAUGUUAUCAUCAUGAACAGUCGGGUCUGCAUGCAGUUGGCCUUGGGAACCUGGACCUGUGCCUUCUUAGUAGCAGUCACACCAAUUAUUGCAAUUCCUGCUCGAUAUUGUGGACACAACGUUAUAAACCAUUUCACCUGUGAGGUCCAGGCCCUGUUGAAGCUUGUCUGCUCUGACACCCCUGUGAGUCUGAUUCUGGGUCUGGUUAUCAGUGUGUUCACACUGCCCUUGCCCUUCACCUUCAUCCUCAUUUCCUAUUUGCGCAUUGUGGUUGCUGUGCUGAAGAUCCGUUCUGCAGAAGCCAGGCUCAAAGCUUUCUCCACCUGUGGCUCCCACCUAACUGUGGUCACCAUAUUUUAUGGGACAGCCAUCUACAUGUACUUGAAGCCUCAGUCAAAGGAAUCUCAGGAAGAGGACAAAUUCCUCUCAAUAUUAUAUGGAGCAGUUACUCCCAUGUUAAAUCCCCUCAUUUAUACUCUGAGAAAUAAGGACAUUAAAGAUGCACUGAGAAAGUUAGCCAAAGGAAAUGAAAAAUCCUAA